ACGAUGCCUAACAGCCAGAACGAUAUCCAGGUGGCCUCCUUGGCUGCUGGCUUUUCCAUCGGCUUUGGGAUAUUGACGGUAUGGGAAGCAGUUAAGCAAACACGCCGGAACCGAAACCCUCUUCGCAGCACCUACAUUUAUAUGAUAUGGGGAGAAAUAUUAGCGAACGUCCUCAUUCUCGUCGUCGGUUACCUCUGGAUCGAUGGCAUUUUUGGAGACAAGCCAACAGUACCGCUUCUGUUUUUUAUUCUGUUCUUCUGGGUGUUCGAAAUCCAGCUUUUGAUGCAGAUUAUCAUCAAUCGAAUUACGGUCAUUGCAGAGCGCCCGGACACUAUGUGGAAACUCAAGUAUGGAACUGCCAUCAUCAUCACAGCUAUCAACAUUGCGGUCUUCUGUAUCUUCAUUCCAGCUCACCUAUCACCUCCCGUGAGCGAAUUGUAUGUCAAUAUCAACAAGUACUGGGAUAGAACCUCCAAGUGCCUUAUCUGCGUUGUAGAUGCGGGUCUCAACUUGCAUUUCUCAAGAACCGUCAAGAAGCGACUUGUUGAACAGCAUGGUCUGGUCAAGUACGCCCCCUUGGCCAAUUUCAACGACAAACUCAUGGUUAUCUCGAUUCUUAUGGACGUCAUGCUUAUUUGUCUGAUGUCUCUCCCAAACCCAAUCGUCUUCGUCCAAUUUCACCCUGUCACGUACAUGGUAAAACUUAACAUCGAAAUGUCCAUGGCGACGUUGAUUACUAAGGUCGCAAAGGGGAGUGGCGAAAGUGACGAGACGACAGAAAGCCACAAUGUCUCCCUCUCAUACGCGAAGAAUCAAAGUAAAAGAGGAACUCGAUUAAACAUUCACCACACUUACAACGAUAACGUUCCAAUGAAAACGUACCACACAACUGCUGUGGGCACCGGAGGAUCAGAAGAAGAUCUGGAAAUGCUGAAGGGAAACUCCAAUGGAAUUCACAGAAGGCUCGACGUCCGUGUCGAAAGCACUACAAACUCAGAGACCGAGUGUCACGAUUUCGAGAAGGCAUUGGCAAGAUCUUUUGACAGGAGGGAGGACGAGAUGUCAUUGACACACCACCCGGGCCAUCCAAGGGGUACCAUCAAAUAAUACAGAACACGACUCGACCACCCUUUCAACAUUUGCCUUACAUGAUUUAUGUGUUAAUAUCAAAAGGAGGCAUGACGAGAAUGGAAUACAUAUUAACCUACCAGUGGUAGUUACGAAAGAGGAGGAAUUUAGAGCGGAUGAUGGUUCUUGUAUUACACACAACAUUAGUGGAAUUAGGUGGUUAGAUACCAUCGGUAUACGACUAUACCCUAUAGUUGGAAGUUAACGACCCUGAUUAUCAUUAUGAUACCCCGAGCUACUAAGUAGUCU